AUGGAUCGACUAAAGAACUUCCUCACGCCUGUGAAGGCAACAGACGAAGAGUACGAGCCAUUGACUGACGACUCGUCGACAUCCGAGGAGGAGGGAGAGACAUGCAAAGACCAGGCGGCCUUCUCAUGGAUAGAGUAUUCCAUCUUCGUCUUGAUCGGCGUCGCUAUGCUCUGGGCAUGGAACAUGUUCCUCGCCGCCGCCCCCUACUUCCAAACCCGCUUCGAAUCCAAUGAAUGGAUCCUGGCCAACUCCCAAUCCGCCAUCCUCUCCGUCUCGACAACCGCCAACAUCCUCGCCCUUAUCGUCUUGAUGAACAUCCAGUCCUCAGCCAACUACCCGUUGCGCAUCAAGGCCUCCCUGGUCGUCACCAUCGCCGUCUUCGGUCUCUUGGCCAUCUCGACCGUCGCUUUCCGCGAUGUCUCGGCGACCACCUACUUCGUCUUCCUACUCCUCAUGGUCGGCGCCUCCGCCUGGGCCUCCGGCAUGAUGCAAAACGGCGCCUUCGCCUUCGCCGCCAGCUUCGGUCGACCGGAGUACACCCAAGCCAUUAUGGCCGGCCAUGGCGUGGCCGGGAUUCUACCCCCCUUGACCCAAAUUAUCUCCUACCUCGCGGUCCCUCAGCCCGAAUCCAACCCUUCCCAAAACACAACAACAACAACCCUCGCCAGUAGCACCCCCAACACCCCAGAAGCACAACCGAGCACCUCAGCCUUUAUCUACUUCCUCACCGCCGUGAUAAUCUCCCUCGCCACCCUCAUCGCCUUCUACCCCCUCGUCACGCGCCACAACGCGCUCGUCGAAUCCCGCCUCAUGCAAGACGAAGACACCCAACAACAGCUCCUCUCGCAAUCCAUCACCUCCCUCGAGGAAGCCGAGCGACUUCAUCGACACUUCGUCAGCCCUUCCCAACUCCUGCGCAAGCUGAACUGGAUCGCCGUCUCUGUCUUUCUGUGUUUUAUGGUAGCUAUGUUCUUCCCCGUUUUCACCGCCAAGAUUUUGUCCGUCCACGACCCCGACUCCUCUUUUACCUCUCCUGCCGGCGGAGGCAGCACGUCGUCCAUCUUCGCCCCCGCCGCCUUCAUCCCCCUAGGCUUCUUCUUCUGGAACCUCGGCGACUUGCUCGGCCGGGUAUCACCCAUGUUCCUCCCAUUUUCUCUCCGCGAUCGCCCCUUGGCACUUUUUGCCGUGGCGGUAGCGAGACUGGUGUUCUUACCCAUGUACUUGCUUUGCAAUAUCCGCGGCAAGGGCGCGGUGGUGGAUAGCGAUCUGUUUUAUCUGCUGGUGGUGCAGUUGCCGUUUGGAUUGACGAACGGGUGGUUGGGUACGAGCAGCAUGAUGGCUGCCGGAGAGUGGGUGGAUGAGGGCGAGAGGGAGGCGGCAGGGGGGUUCAUGAGUAUGUGUCAAGUGGGUGGGUUGUCGGUGGGGAGUUUGGCCAGUUUUAGUGUUGCUGGCAUCUGA